AUGACGACCCCAAAUACUACUAAUCGUCGGGAUGAGCUCCCCAACCCUUCAAUAGUGGUUCCAGAGGACAGUGAGCCGUCUUCAUCAUCGUUAUCGCCCACAUCACCAAGUCUCGGCAUAAGCCAGCCACAACCAACCCUAUCACCUGAUACCGCUCGAUUAACAGUCGGCAAUGCACCGCCGCGGACAUCGCAUUCGUUGGACGGGGACACCCUGCGUUCCCGAUCCGGCUCGUUCAACUCAUAUGCCGACACCGUUGGACGAUCCAGGGCUGGUUCCUCAGCCACUCAGGCGCCUCAGGAGCAACCGAAAUCCAAAGCAGAAUACGACGAUGUACCAGUAUCCGAAGCCCUGGAUCCGGAUCCUCGAAAUGUACAAGACUUUCAUGUGGACAACAACAAAUUCGCUUUUACGCCCGGUCAGCUGAAUAAGUUGUUGAACCCAAAGUCGCUCGCUGCUUUUCAGGCGCUUGGUGGCUUGCGUGGGUUGGAACGGGGUCUACGGACGGAUCUUACGUCGGGGUUGUCGGUGGAUGAAGCCCGGUUGGAGGGUACUAUUGGUUUUGAGGAAGCGACAUCUCAAUCAACAUCGGACAAGAAAACCCCGAUCCCAGACGACAAUUCUUCCGAUGUAUCGCAAUUUGAGGACCGUGUACGAGUGUUCAACUGGAACAGACUACCGGCAAGAAAGUCAACUGGCAUCCUGAAGUUGCUCUGGAUUGCCUACAACGAUAAGAUCAUCAUCCUCUUGACUAUCGCUGCUAUCGUGUCGUUGUCUUUGGGUAUCUACGAGACGGUUGACGCCGGACAUGGUGUUGAUUGGAUCGAAGGUGUUGCUAUCUGUGUGGCCAUCUUGAUUGUCACCAUUGUCACUGCUGCCAACGACUGGCAGAAGGAGAGACAGUUUGUCAAGCUAAGCAAGCGGAACAACGAUCGUGAAGUCAAAGCUGUCCGCUCUGGAAAGGAUGUUAUGAUUUCGAUCUUCGACAUCACGGUCGGCGACGUUCUUCACCUGGAGCCUGGUGAUGCAGUUCCUGCCGAUGGUAUCCUCAUCUCCGGCCAUGGAAUCAAGUGCGAUGAGUCUUCUGCUACUGGUGAAUCGGACCAGAUGAAGAAGACCGGUGGACAUGAAGUCUGGCAUCAGAUCAUGGACGGAAACGCUACGAAGAAACUUGACCCUUUCCUGAUUUCAGGAGGCAAGGUCUUGGAAGGCGUCGGAACCUACUUGGUCACUAGUGUGGGACCGAACUCGACUUAUGGACGGAUUAUGCUGUCGUUGCAGGAAUCGAACGAUCCUACUCCUUUACAGGUGAAGUUGGGUGGGCUGGCGAACUGGAUUGGUUGGCUGGGCUCAGGCGCGGCUAUCAUCCUUUUCGUGGUGCUGCUCAUCAGGUUCCUUGCUCAGCUUUCGGGAAACACUGCCACCCCUGCCAUAAAGGGAAAGCAGUUUGUUGACAUCCUCAUUGUGGCUGUUACCGUCAUUGUCGUUGCAAUUCCUGAGGGUCUUCCCUUGGCCGUUACACUUGCCCUUGCAUUCGCCACAACACGGAUGGUCAAAGAAAACAAUCUUGUCCGUGUCCUCCGUGCUUGUGAAACCAUGGGCAAUGCAACCGUUAUUUGCUCUGACAAAACAGGAACCCUGACGCAGAACAAAAUGACCGUAGUUGCUGGCACCUGGGGCUCUAACCAGAGUUUCGGUACCGCGGAGAACGAUACUGCCGUGCCUGUGUCUGCCGUGUUCAAACAGUUUUCGACAGCUGUGCGUGAACUGAUCACCAAAAGCAUUGCGCUCAACUCUACUGCCUUUGAGGAGGACAAGGAUGGGGCCAAGGAAUUCAUCGGAAGCAAGACUGAGGUGGCAUUGCUGCAGCUGGCCAAGGAUCAUCUGGGCAUGGAAGUGACCACUGAGCGCGCCUCUUCGGAAAUCGUCCAAUUAAUUCCCUUCGACUCCGCCCGCAAGUGUAUGGGUGUGGUUUACCGCGAACCCACUGUCGGUUACCGUCUUCUUGUCAAGGGUGCUGCCGAAAUCAUGGUCGGCUCGUGCUCGAAGAAAAUGACGGACUUGGACUCCCAGAACCGUAUCGUCAACGACCAGUUUUCCGACAAUGACCGUCAGAACAUGCUCAACACCAUCGAAUCAUAUGCUGGCAACUCCCUCCGAACGAUUGGACUGGUUUACCGCGACUUCUCCAGCUGGCCACCCAAGAACGCCGAGCUCUUGGAAGAUGACCCGUCAUCUGCCAAGUUCGAAGACAUUUUCCAUGACAUGACGUGGAUUGGCGUUGUUGGUAUCCAGGAUCCUCUGCGGCCCGAAGUCCCCGGUGCUAUUCAGCAAUGUAAUGCUGCCGGUGUGCAGGUGAAGAUGGUCACAGGUGAUAACAUCGCAACGGCAACAGCAAUUGCGACAUCUUGUGGUAUCAAGACGGAUGAUGGUUUGGCCAUGGAAGGGCCCAAGUUCCGCCUGUUGUCUGACAAGGAAAUGGACGAGGUGAUCCCGAACCUUCAGGUCCUGGCUCGCUCCUCACCGGAAGACAAACGCAUCUUGGUGGCUCACCUGAAGAAGCUCGGCGAGACUGUGGCUGUGACUGGUGAUGGCACCAAUGACGGUCCUGCGUUGAAGACUGCCGACGUGGGAUUCUCCAUGGGUAUUGCCGGUACGGAAGUGGCCAAGGAGGCUAGCUCUAUUAUCCUCCUUGACGACAAUUUCAAGUCUAUCGUUACUGCGAUUGCUUGGGGAAGGGCUGUCAACGACGCUGUUGCCAAGUUCCUCCAGUUCCAAAUCACUGUCAACAUCACCGCUGUCCUUUUGACUUUCGUUUCAUCGCUCUACAGCAGCAGCAACCAGAGUGUCUUGAACGCAGUGCAGCUGCUCUGGGUCAACUUGAUCAUGGACACUUUCGCUGCUCUCGCUCUAGCUACCGAUGCACCUACGGAAAAGAUUCUCAACCGAAAGCCUGCCCCCAAGCAUGCCUCUCUCUUCACCUUGACAAUGUGGAAGAUGAUCCUGGGCCAAGCGGUUUACCAAUUGGCCAUCACCUUCAUGCUCUACUUCGCCGGCAACCGUCUUCUCGGAAGCCAGCUCAGCGCCGAAAACGGAGACACCGAGCUCGCCACGAUCGUGUUCAAUACCUUUGUGUGGAUGCAGAUCUUCAACGAGUUUAACAACCGCCGCCUCGACAACAACUUCAACAUCUUCGAAGGCAUGUUCCGCAACUACUGGUUCCUCGGAAUAAACUGCAUUAUGGUUGGCGGCCAAAUCAUGAUUGUCUUCGUCGGCGGGGCCGCCUUUGGUGUCACUCGCUUGACAGGUGUUCAAUGGGCUGUGUGCAUUAUCUGCGCCAUUGUUUGUCUACCCUGGGCGGUUGUCCUCCGAACCAUUCCGGAUAAGCAUUUCGGAGUUGUCUUCAAUGCCGCCGUCAAGGGUGUUAGCUUUGUGCUGCGCCCGUUUGCCAAGGGAUUUCGCCUCUUUGCCAAGGGAGUCAGAUAUGUCUUCCGACCCUUGAAGCGUGUCUUUCGUCGUGGAGACACGGGAAAAGAGAGCACUGCCGCUCCUUCUGACGAAGAAGCCACUGCUCUGACGAAUGUGGAUCAGAAUCGUCUGCAUACCCCAGAAGCACCUGUCACCCCUGUCAGCGUGCCACCUAUCACUAUUACGACUUCUUAG